UCGAAACUCGAUCGUACAUCAUCGACGUGGAUCCUACACCUUGUCACCCUCGAGCAGAGCAGAUCAGAUCAGAUCACAUCAGGGAUCAGGGAUCAGUGAUCAGGUAUCACAGGUCAGAUUUCUAUCAUCUUGUCUCGCUCGCGUUCCUUCGGAAAUCCCAUGUCCCAUCAGCCCAACAAUCAGCACGUCAGGGACUUAGAGCUUGUUAUCGAAGACACCAUGAGCAACGAGAGAUACAAGCCCGGAAGCUUUGGAUACAAACACCGAGAGUCGCCUUCCAUCACAUCCAAAGGCCGGAACAUUACCUCGCCAGCUCCUCGUCGAUCAGCUUCACCUGGUACAAGUCGCUCUCAAGCUCUCACAUCCUCUCGUCGUUCACGCUCCCCUUCUCCUGGUCCGGGUGCCCCUCAUCAUCGAGCCUCGCAACAUCGUCCUUCCCAAUCUCCGCCUGAUAUCAUCCGCCUCUAUCGACAAUGGCUGGAGGCUCAAGGUGGCGUUUACGGCGAGGGACAAAUGGAGGCCGUCCGCGAGUAUCUUGGUGGAGGGCACGUUCAUUUAAAUUGCUGUCUCAAAAGUUGCACCAUCGAAGAGAACUUGCUCCGGAUCAAUCAAACCUUGGCGGGUGAAAGACUCACCUAUGGGGAUACCUUUGACCAUAUUUCCCGGAAAUUGGUAUUGGAAACACCCGUCCUCAUGGUGGCGAUUUUUAUCCAAGCUGAACUUCCUCGCUAUGUGAGACCGGAGCGGGACAACGUGGAGCUCAAUCUCUAUCUCGAGCAGGUGGUCUGGUCCCGCUACAUCCGACGAAAAUCCUUGUACCACCCAACCAAUCUCGCUGCACUUGAGCCGGAUCUGCGCCGAUUGGAAGAUUUUCGACGUUGCUCCUGCUCUUCGGUCGAAGAGUGUGCUCGCAUGCGGGAAAUGUUCGCGGGCCACAACACCAAGCAAAGCAAUCUCAAUCAAAGUGACACCUUUGGUCGCGACAACGUCGCUCACAACGUCAACUCUGCAGCUCCGGCGUCUCUCAGGUGUAUCGACAGCAACGAGCGCAGGUAUGACGACUCCUCCGAAAGCUCAGUUGUCAUUGUGGCUCCCAGUAUUCCUGCCAUUACCGACCCCACCGAUACCAGUACCAAUACCGCUUCUCAGACGUCCAACCCCGACUGCAUCGACACCGGCAGCAGCAACAAUAACAACGGAAACUAGAACAAUAUCUCCGAAACGCAGCCCUAGUCCUGCAAACUGAAAAAUUUCCAUGGGCCUUCCCGGCUUAUCACCGACUGAUUGCGAACUCCUCGAGCAAUUCGACUUUUGAGGAGUUUAAGCGGCAAUCGAUCUGUAUCGAUGC